UAGCUGCUAGGUUGUUAAGGCCCAGCUACCCUCCUCUCUCUCUUCUUUCUCUUUCUUUCUUCUUCAUAACUUUCUUAUAUUACAGAUUCAAUCUUCUGUACAUAGAGGAAGAGGAAAAGAAGCAGAAGAAGAAGAAGAAUGAGUACAGCGAGAUUUAUCAAGUGUGUGACGGUUGGAGAUGGUGCUGUAGGGAAGACAUGCAUGCUUAUAUCCUACACCAGCAAUACAUUUCCCACUGAUUAUGUUCCAACAGUUUUUGACAAUUUCAGUGCAAAUGUAGUGGUUGAUGGCAGCACUGUGAAUCUUGGUCUAUGGGACACCGCAGGACAGGAAGAUUACAACAGGCUGAGGCCUUUGAGUUACAGAGGAGCUGAUGUGUUUCUUCUGUGCUUUUCUCUGAUCAGCAAAGCCAGUUAUGAGAAUAUUUCUAAGAAGUGGAUUCCUGAGCUGAGACAUUAUUCUCCAAAUGUGCCGAUUGUGCUUGUGGGAACAAAACUAGAUCUGAGAGAUGACAAACAAUUUUUGAUGGAUCAUCCUGGAGCCACACCAAUCACAACUUCUCAGGGGGAAGAACUGAAGAAAAUGAUUGGUGCUGUCACUUACAUAGAGUGCAGCUCUAAAACUCAGCAGAACGUGAAGACAGUGUUUGAUGCGGCAAUAAAAGUUGCAUUGAGGCCACCAAAGCCAAAGAAGAAAGCACGCAAGAGAAGGACCUGUUCUUUCCUCUGAGCUUUACAGAUCCUCUUUCUUUUUUCCUUUUUUUUUUUUCUCGUUCACUAAGUCAUAAAAUGUAGGAGAAUUAAAAUUUUAUUCUUUAAUAUUCAUAUUGUUAAUUUUAAUAUAUAUAUGUGUGCCAACUAAAGCUCUUAAUAAUAUUCAUGAAGGAUAUAUACACACACACAUAUAUAUUAGGUUCCUCAUUGUGUAAAAUUAGAAUAUGUUAUAUUGUAAAAUCACUAUUUUUGUAUUGGCUUUUGUAAA